CAACUGUCUGACUCCUCUGCAUCACUGAGGGAGGCUCAAAGCAUUCUCCAUCUAACAUAGUGUACACAGCCAGAGAAAAAUCUACAACCCUCUCAACGUUCUACACAAACUAUCCCAGACUCUGUCCUGCGAUGUCCUCCACAAUCUCUCUCCUCUGGGUAGGGUUAGUGUUGUCCCUCCCUCUUCCAGCCAGCCAAUCCUGCAGUACUGGUUUACCCAAUGAAUGCAAAGAGGCAGAAUUUGCCCCUGGAAUCAAUCUAGCCGGGGAAGGGUUUGAUAUUACUAAAAUGCAGCGUAAAGGAGCUUAUGUCAUCAAUCUGAAUGUUUGGAAACGCAAAGAUAAAACAUGCACAAUUUGUAAGAAUCCAUAUUUGGAGGGGAAAAUGCAAAAAAUACCGCUGUCCAUAGUUGAUUGGAGGCCAAACCACCAAUGCAACAUGAAAGUGUCCAGCACUCUUCACCAGUCCAGUGAAUCUCUGGUCAGCUCUAGCACCGCAAGUGUUGAAAAUGACUGGAAGGUGAAUUUAGAAGUCAAUCACAAGGCAGAAGGGAAGCUAAUGCUGGCUGGAACACAUUCUAAACUGGCUGAGUACUCCAUGGAGAAAACCAAAAAGGACAAGUUCAGCUUUACCAGUCAUCAGGUGUCAUGCCGCUAUUACAGCUAUAGGUUGUCCAACAAGCCCCGUCUACAUCCUGAAUUUCUACGAGCCGUGAAGGGCCUCCCAAAGAAAUACGACCACGACAGCAAGCGGCACUACUACAGACUCAUUGAUAAUUUUGGAACACACUAUAUCACCAAGGUAGACCUGGGCGGCAGCGUGCGCUCUGUCACCAGCAUCAGGCAGUGUCUCACCGAGCUGCAGGGCCUGAACGUGGACGAGGUUAAAACAUGCCUGGAUGUGGAGGCGUCUGCCAGCGUGGGGGACAAAGCCAGCCUCCAGACAGAGUCUAAACAUUGCCAGACCGACACAAAGAAGAUGGAGAACAAGGCCAGCUUCUCAAGCAACUUCAAUGACAGGUUCACUGAGAUCCGAGGGGGCUACACCACAGAGCCUGAGCUCCUCUUUUCAGCCCAGAAGGAUCCAGGGGCCUACAAGGAGUGGAUGGCCUCCCUGCCCCUCACCCCAGACAUGGUCUCCUAUUCCCUGGAUGCCCUUCACGAGCUGCUCCCCACCUCGAACCCCGCCAGACGUCACCUGCGCCAGGCCGUCAGCCACUACGUCCUGGAGAAAGCCCUCUGGAAGAACUGCUCAUCACCCUGCGAGGUGGGCGUCAAGACACACCCCAAGGACUCCUGUGUCUGCAGCUGCCACAACAACCCUGGGGUGACUCCCAACUGCUGUCCAUCAAAGACAGGACUGGCCAGGGUGAAAGUCACUGUGGUGCGGGGGGUGGGCCUGUGGGGGGACUACGAUACUGGCACAGAUGGGUACGUCAAAUUGUUUCAUAUCGGGGCACUGGUUGGGCACACAAGGGUAAUCUACAACACCAACGACCCCCGCUGGGAUCAGAUGUUUGAUCUGGGCUCCGUGGUUCUGUCCAUGGACGACCAAGUGAAGUUCGAAGUGUGGGACGAGGACAGCAAGUGGGAUGAUGAUUUGCUGGGUCAGUGCUCAGUCAAGCUGAUAAACGGGGUCACUGAGGAUUUUUGCAGGCUGAGCCACGGGGAGCUGUUUUACAAAGUAGAGGUCGAGUGCGCUCCAAGUCUGGGUGGGCCAGCCUGUGCGGAUUACAUAGGGUCUCCUAUGAAUUUCCACCUGGCGAAGGCAUAUGUGUCUCGCCAUGCCCGGCCAGUGCCUAAAGAGAUGCUGUUGAAAAUGGGCGUGUUUGUGGAUGAAUACCCUCUCUAUGCCAAUCAGAGCAUUACUGAUUUGGGUAGAUAUUAAGGAACUACACAACCACCGCACACAAAUAUUUGCUGAGACAAUGUUGAAACCUUAACCAUUGCUCCUAUGCUGAGCAUCGCAAUAACCUUUUCACUUUAUUUAUGUGUAUUUGUUUAGAUAAAUAAAAUGUAUUGUUUUAUACUGAUGAAAAUCAAUAA